AUGUGUGAAAAUUCCUAUAAGUUUUCUCUCAGUGAUUUUGGAGCUGCUACAUUUGUUCUGAAACAUGUUGUUCAUCUUAAUGAAAAUUAUGGAAAUGAACAUGCUGUCAGGGAGCUACUGAAUAGGAUAGUACAAAAAGAAGAUUGGUUUUCUAAAUUUCUGAAUAUUCUUCGUGAAACUGAAUAUAAUAAACUUGCUGAAGACUUCAUAGUCGUCGAUUGCUUGGAAGACAAUGAAGAAAUUAAGGAAAAUGGAACUGAGGAAUUAUUCCCAAAGGAUGGUCAAGAUGUUGAUGAGACAUUUCAUUCUUUAUCGGAUCAACAACAAGAAGAAAAUGAUGGCCUAUCUGUGGAGAGUGAUGAAUUGGAAUCAUCUUUUGCAGGUUCUUCUGUGGUUUCAGAAUCAGACACAAGUUUGGCAGAAGGAAGUGUCAGCUGCUUAGAUGAAAGUCUUGGACAUAACAGCAACAUGGGCAGUGUUUCAGGCACCAUGGGAAGUGAUUCAGAUCAAGAUGAUGAGAAGAAAAGAGCAUCUCCUGAGCCAGAACUGGUCCUUAGGUCUUAUCAAAUGGAAGUGGCCCAACCAGCUUUAGAAGGGAAGAAUAUUAUUAUAACCAUCCCUACAGGAAGUGGGAAAACAAGAGUAGCAGUUUACAUUGCCAAGGACCACUUAGAUAAGAAGAAAAACGCAUCAGAGCCUGGAAAAGUUAUGGUGCUUGUGAAUAAGGUACCAUUAGUUGAACAGCACUUCCGCAAAGAGUUUAAUCCAUUCCUAAAGAAAUGGUACCAAGUCAUUGGAGUAAGUGGUGAUUCCCAACUGAAAAUAUCAUUCCCAGAAGUUGUCAGAUCCCAUGAUGUUAUUAUCAGUACAGCUCAAAUCUUGGAGAAUUCCCUUUUGGACUCAAAGAAUGGAGAUGACGAUGGUGUCCAAUUAUCAGACUUUUCCCUCAUCAUUAUUGAUGAAUGCCAUCAUACUAACAAGGAAGCUGUCUAUAAUAAUAUAAUGAGACGUUACCUGAUGCAAAAGAUGAAGAAUUGUCGAUUGAAAAAGGCAAAUAAGCCAGUAGUACCCCAACCUCAAAUACUUGGACUGACAGCUUCACCAGGUGUGGGAGGGGCUUCGAAGCAAGCUAAAGCUGAAGAACAUAUUUUAAAACUAUGUGCUAAUCUUGAUGCAUUUAUGAUUGUCACUGUUAAAGAAAAUGCUUCCCUUCUGAAAGAACAAGUGAAGGAGCCUUGUAAGAAGUUUGUGAUUGCAGAUGACAACAGAGAAAAUCCAUUUAAAAAGAAACUUCUGGAAAUAAUGACAAACAUUCAAAACUUUUGUCAAAUGAAUCCAACAUCUGAUUUCGGGACACAAAGCUAUGAACAAUGUGUCAUUCAGAAGGAAAAAAGAGCUGCAAAAGAAGGGAAUCGCAAAGAACGUGUUUGUGCAGAGCAUUUGAGGAAGUACAAUGAAGCCCUACAAAUCAAUGACACAAUCCGAAUGUUAGAUGCAUACCACCACCUAGAAAGUUUCUAUAAUGAUGAGAAGGAGAAGAAGAUAGCAACGCAAGAAUAUGAUCAAGAGGAGGAUGACGAUGAAAAAAAACCAUUGAAAAUAGAUGAAACAGAUACAUUUCUUCUAGAUUUAUUUUAUGGAAAUAAGAAAAAAUUGAAAAAACUGGCCAUGACUCCAGAUCAUGAAAAUGAAAAGCUGACCAAAUUGCGAAACACCAUAAUGGAAGAGUUUACUAAAACUGAUGGAUCUGUAGCCCGAGGAAUAAUCUUCACCAAGACUCGGCAAAGUGCAUAUGCUCUUUCUCAGUGGAUUAACAAUAUUGAAAAAUUUGCAGAAGUAGGAGUAAAAGCUCACCAUCUGAUUGGGGCUGGAAAUAGCAGUGAAUUUAAACCCAUGACGCAGAAUGAACAAAAGGAAGUACUUAAUAAUUUUCGUACUGGAAAAAUAAACUUACUUAUUGCCACCACAGUGGCUGAAGAAGGCCUGGAUAUAAAAGAAUGUAAUAUCGUUAUUCGUUAUGGUCUUGUCACCAACGAAAUAGCCAUGUUGCAGGCCCGAGGUCGAGCUCGAGCUGACGAAAGUACGUAUGUACUAGUGGCAAGUGAUGGCUCAGGAGUAGUUGAACGUGAACGUGUUAAUUUAUAUCGUGAGAAGAUGAUGCAUAAAGCUAUUGACCGGGUACAAAACAUGAAACCAGAGGAGUAUGCUCAGAAGAUUUUGGACUUACAAAUGCAAAGUAUAAUGGAAAAGAAAAUGAAAACUAGGAGAAGUCUUGCAAAACAAUUCAAGGACAAGCCAUCAUUAGUAACCUUCCACUGUAAAAACUGUAGCAUCCUGGCUUGUUCUGGAGAAGACAUCCAAGUGAUUGAGAACAUGCAUCAUGUCAACAUGACACAGGAAUUUAAGACGUUCUACAUUGUGAGAGAAAAUAAAGCACUACAAAAGAAAUUUGCAGACUAUCAAACAAAUGGUGAGAUCAUCUGCAGUCGGUGUGGCCAGUCCUGGGGAACUAUGAUGGUGAACAAAGGCUUAGAUUUACCUUGUCUCAGAAUAAGGAAUUUUGUGGUGGCUUUUAAAAAUAAUUCCCAAAAGAAACAGUACAAAAAAUGGGUGGAAUUGCCUAUAACAUUUCCAAAGCUUGACUAUGCAGAACAUUGUAUGUUUAGUGAUGAAGAUGAAUAUUGA